GGUGCGAAUUCACGAGACAAACAAUGGAAAAAACAGUGGAUGUCUUUCCGAGCUUUCCCAGCUCCUACACUAUUUGAGGCAGGAAUUGCUAGUACUAGCAUUGAAGUUAAACGCAAUUUCAGCAGUGGCUAUUGUCACUAUCAUGUGCUGGUCGAUAAAAGUGAAAACUUUAAACCUACCAUGGAAGAUAAGUUAAUGAAAUGGGCUUUGAUUAUUUGGAAGAAUACGAACAAACCAAAUAGAAUCAUCUCUAGUGUGCUUGGCGCGAUCAACUUCAUUAUGCCAUCAUUAACAUGCGGGCCAAAGUCAAGAGGAAAGUGGGUUGACCAUAUCAUUAUAACUCGGUGUCAGGAACACUUGGAGGACGAAGUACAUAGGGCCCAGCAGGUUGCAUUUAUCGCAAGUGAUAUGUGGGAACUUUGUUCUGUCUUGCUAACAUUGUUUUUAAAUUUAUAUCUCAGGAUGUCGUCUACUUUACAGAAAGUUGCAUUUUUAAAAAUUGUCCUGACGGAACAAUUAGUUAAUACAAAAUCUUGA